AUGACCAACGGUGCCGCCACGAAAAGCCAGAACUUCCACCUUGUGAUCGAUCGCUACUCCGACCCCGUGGAGCCGAAUAUUCACUGGACAAAUGCCCCUUGGGAGCCCGUCGAUACCAACAGGGUUGGCUUCUCCAAGCAUUCGCUAUUCCUCGGGCACAUCAAGCGCCGAGGUAUCUGGUAUAAAGUCUCGGCACGCCUGAAUGAUGCCUCCCAUAUCAAGAUCUGUCUUCCUGAGGGUGUCUUGCCAAACGCUGAAAUUCCAAACAUAGAAUUUGCAGGCUUCUGGCGGUUGCUGGUGCGUGUGGACGAGCCGCGUCCCAAGCUUCCCGAGCUCAAGACGCUCUGCCACUACUAUUUCCUCGCUGCUGGUCAUGUGGAGGUCCGCGACAGGGGCGAUGCCUGGCAUGUAGCAUUCAAUAAAGCAUGUGAGAUGCUUUGGGAUGGGGCGGGAUCUCAUGUAAGGGAUGAGGAGAUGCUGAGUAGGAAUCUACAGAGACUGCUGGUGGAUGCUGCCUCAAACUAUCCGAGCUGGGCUCUGAGCGUGGAGGGGGAGGUUGCGGCCGCAUGGCCGGGCUAUAAGAAAGGCUGGAAGUUUUAA